AUGGAAGACACGCUCGACGUCAUCAAGGAAGGGAUGUGCGGCUUCCUUUACGCAGGCGUGUACGACGGGCACGCGGGGGCGGAAGCGGCCGACUACCUCAAGGACCACAUGUUCAAGUGUUUCCAGCGCAUUCUCGAGGAGGACGACCGCUGCGUGUCCCUCAACGAGCCAGAACAGUGCUCGACGGACCAACGCAUCCCCGGCACCAACGACUGCCCGUCCGAGUUCACGGCCAAGCUGGACGCGGCCUUCGCGGAGCUGGACGCCGCGCUCUGCGAGCACCUGCGUGAGAACUACGACGAGACGGUUGCGCGGGAGGCCGGGUCGACGGCGACGGUGGUGCUGGUGAGGCCUGGCAACAUGGUGGUGUGCGCCAACGUGGGGGACUCGCGCGCGGUGCUGGGGCGCAAGGGCCAGGCGAUCGCGCUGUCGAACGAGCACCGCGUGUACGGCCGCGGCGGGGCCGUCGUGGCGGAGAUCGAGCGUGUGCAGAAGUCGGGGGCGUGGAUCGAUGACGGGCGCGUGUUCGGAGUGGUGGGGGUGUCUAGGGCGUUCGGGGACUGGGAGUGGAAGAUCGACGGGCUCGAACGCACGCUCAAGGAGGGGGUGGAGUCGGGGAUGUAUUUGGCUGACUUCAUUGAGUCGGUGGAGAUCAAGGAGUCGCCGAUCAUCACGCGGCCGGACGUGGCGAAGCUGGACCUCGACGAGGACGACGAGGUGCUCGUGGUGGCCACGGACGGGCUGUGGGACGUGAUGACGUCCGCGCAGGUGGUCUCCAUGGCGCGCCUGGAGUUCUCGCGCGGACGCACGGCGCAGGAGGUGGCCGACAUGCUGGUGCAGAAAGCGAUCGAGCGGAAGAGCCAGGACAACGUGGGAGCGGUCGUGGUGGAUCUCAAGGGUGCGGAGGGGUGGGCUGCGGCCAAGGCGACGAAGAAGUCCGCGGGCGAGAAGCUGCUCGGCAAGCUGUUCGGGAACUAG